AUGUCUUCGCAACCCUUCGUACAGCCUGGAGAGCCCUUGAACGACUUUUUGAAGUCGUUUUGGGAGCGCCAGAUCCACGCUGCGGAGACAGAGACCCCCGAUUAUCGGCACCCACCUCUGCCCCUUGCCAGAAUUAAGAAAGUCAUGAAGAGCGACCCGGACGUGAAGAUGAUUGCUGCAGACGCCCCCAUCCUGUUCUGCAAAGCCUGUGAAAUAUUCAUCGCCGAGAUCACAGCUAGGGCAUUCAUUGUUGCCGAUUCGAACAAACGCCGCACACUCUCGCGCGCGGACAUCGCAAAGGCACUCAGCAAGUCCGACCAGUUCGACUUCCUCAUCGACAUCGUGCCUCGCGAGGAGGCAAACUUUGGCGGAUCCUCAACAAACCCCAACGGAGCUGGCUCUUCGAAAAAGAUUGGGAAGCAGGACCAGGGAACACCGGGCGUAGGCGAUGCCCCUGCUGAACUCGAGGGGGGAGAAGGAGCGGUGCGCGGUGGGAGCGAGGUGCUGGAACAGCUCGAGACUCUCCUCGGAAACUCAAAUCCAACGCAUCGCGGUUCCAUGACUUAA